AUGAAACCCAAAAAUUCAGAGGCUAAGGGGAUGCUUUUGUUCCCCAGAAAGUGGAGUUCUUUUGGUGCAGAAAGAACUGAUAUGAAUUUUGAAGAAUAUGAAAUUAGGCCUGGAGGAAUGUUGAUUCAAAAGAGAAAUUCAGAUUCUAAUCAAACUUCUCUCACAGUUCCCACCAUUAAAGUUAGAGUCAAAUACGGCUCUACAAAUCAUGAAGUGCAUAUCAAUUCUACAGCAAGCUUUGGUGAAUUGAAGAAAAUUCUAGCGGAACUCACUGGAUUGCACCACCAAGAUCAGAAGCUGAUAUACAGAAGGAAAGAGAGAGAUUCUAAACAAUAUUUAGAUGUUGCAGGAGUGAAAAAUGGAUCAAAGUUGGUCUUAAUUGAAGUCAUUGGAAGCCGGGAAAGGCGGUUGCUAGAGAUGAUCCGAAAUGCCAAGAUUGAAAAGUCUUCAAAAUCUUUGUCCCAAAUCCGCUUGCAAGUCGACAAUUUUGCUGAGCAGGUUGCAGAUUUGGAAGGCAGUGCUUGUAGAGGGGAGAAAAUCAGAGAGGAAGAUUUAGAUAAUCUGAUUGGGAUGUUGAUGACAGAACUGGUUAAAUUGGAUGAAAUUGCAAAUGAGGGAGAUUUGAAGUUGCAAAAGAGAAUGCAGGAAAGGAGAGUUCAAAAGUGCAUAGAAAUUCUUGAUAUGUUAAAGCUAAGUAAUUUCAAGCCCAGAAGCAAAGCGGGCAAAAUCCUACUUCAGGAAAAAGCUGAAAUACCUGAACCAUUGCAGAAGCAUCAGGUGCAACUAAACCAGAAGAAUUUGACAGAGAAAACGCCAGCUGAGGGACAACCAUCAGGAUAUUCGCCAUUUGUCGUGGUCACCACAAAAUGGGAAAAUUUUGAUUGA